AUGGUUACCUCCAAGACAUUAAUAUUUGCACAUGUCCCACAGGGCAUACCUGUGGCCGGCAAGGACGUCACCGUUGAGGCUAGGCCAGUCGACACGGAUGCAACGCCCCCGACUGGAGGCUUCGUUGCUCGAGUAUUGUACGCGUCUUUCGACCCAUACCUGAGGCAUCGGCUGGUGGAUGCCGCUGGGGCAAGGGAUUUCCCACCCUUUGAGCUCGGCGCUUCAAUCGUGAAUGGGGUUGUUGUUGAAGUCCUCAGAUCCGGUGAAGAUUCUGGCCUUUCAAAAGACGAUGUCCUGGUCGGGAUGGGUCCUAUCGCACAUUAUGCAAUCAUUGGCCCGCAAGAUGCAGUGACGUUUCAAAAAGUCCAAAACCCAUUCAACUUGGAUCUGAAACUCUUCCUCGGCCCGUUAGGAAUGCCGGGACUGACUGCUUAUUCGGCAUUCUAUGAGAUCGCAAGGCCAAAGAAGGGCGAGAAGAUAUUCAUUUCGGCCGCCAGCGGAGCUGUUGGCCAGAUCGUCGGGCAGUUGGCUAAACGAGAGGGUCUCACGGCGAUCGGAAGUGUCGGAAGCGAUGCGAAGUUGACGAUCUUGAAAGAGAAACUCGGUUUCGACGAGGGAUUCAACUACAAGAAAGUCGACGUGCUGAAAGAGCUGAAGCGUCUCGCACCAAAUGGCAUCGACAUUUACUACGACAAUGUCGGUGGUAAACAACUCGAGGCAGCCAUUACAGCGCUGAAGGAUUUUGGCAGAAUAGUGGCUUGUGGUUACGCUUCCCAGUACAGUGUGCCUCACGACAAGCAGUACGGUGUCCGUAACACUGGUCUAGUUGUAGGGAAACGAAUCACCUGGAGGGGAUUCACCGUUUUCGACGAUGGAUUCGGCAACAAAUACGCCGCGGAGCAUCAGCAGAACGUUCAAAAGUGGAUUCAUGAUGGCAGCAUUCGUCCGCUUAUGAGCGUUACAAGGGGCAUGGACCGGGCACCUGAGGGACUGGUUGGGUUGUUCAGAGGCGAGAAUAUCGGCAAGGCAGUUCUGGAUGUCUGGGCAAAGGAUGCUUGA